GAGGCCGAGUGGGACCCAUUGGUCCACUAUGGUUGCGAUCAUCGAGAUAUUCGUUGCGAUGGUUCGUCCUGGGCCUGCCCGCGGUGUAACCGGUAGCGACGAACGAUAUCUUAUACAGACACCCUCGCGUCAAUCAGUCAAUAAGAACCUUGUGACUCCGACAAGUGGGUGGAAUACGAGCCGAUCUGAAGUUUUCAGCCGUGGCGGGGUGGUGUGGCGUCCUGCGGGGCCCCCGAUUCGCGUGCUGAUGCCUCCCGUCGGCAAUUAUCGACGAUAUCGCGAACCGGCCUGCGAAUCUCAGCUCCGCUUCAGGUCCAGCCGCCACCACGGCUCGCACAACAUCUUCACGCCGUGUGUCAGGCACCACCGAUGGCAAAACACAAAAAGGGAGAUAGCAGCAGGGGUGACUGCGGGUAUAAAAUCCGGUAUUCCCUGCCAUUGACCUCUCGCACGAUGUAUCGUGCAUUCAUUCUACCUCCCACAUCAAGUCGCCAUGCGUGGUUUAUCGGAAAGUGAGAUCCUCUAUAAUGAGGUAUGGCAGUCGUCAUGGCCUACAAUCGAACUAGCCCAGUCGUCCUUAAUGAAGCCCGCUUCGGCGUCGUUGAGCCUGGACGAACGUACUGAACUCACGUACAAAAGAGCUAAGGCCUUGGCAAAUGCACAUGACCUCACCAUCAAGGACGUGGCUUACAUCACUCCACGGUUUUGGAAGCUGCACACCGACCUGCUCGGGGCCAUGGAUGGUGGUGCAACAACCCUUGUCAGCAUCCAGUACAACCUGUUCAUUGGUACGGUGGCGCCGUUUGCUGCAAGCCGUCCCGACCUGCUGCCGAUCUUGCAACGUGCGUUGAAAUUUGACGUCUCUGCACAGUUCAUGUUGACGGAGGUCGGACAUGGUCUCGAUGCGCGAAACCUGGAAACCACGGCAACGUUACUGCCAAACGGAGGGUUUGAACUCCACAGUCCUUCGCCGGCGGCUGCGAAAUGCAUGCCCCCGUCGACACCUCGAAGCGGCCUUCCAGUCGUUGCCGUGGUUAUUGCCCGACUGAUGGUCGAUGGGGAGGAUCGCGGAGUCCGGCCCUUUCUGGUUUCUCUGACCGAUGGUACUCAGAUGUGCAAGGGCGUCGUCUCAAAGGUUCUACCGCCACGAACCGGUGCCAAUCCAGUCGACCACGCGCUCACCUACUUCAAUAAUGUACGCCUACCGUCAUCCGCCCUGCUAGGAAGCCUGGCGAAACCCCAGAGCGAGCGGGAUGACUUCCUUUCCACAAUCCACCGUGUCUCCGCGGGAACCCUGCUCCUCUCCAGCGGCUGCAUUCCGCUCCUCAAGACAGCCAUUUACAACGCGAGCCAGUUCAGUUUCCAACGGAUGAUCCUCGGGCACGAUGGGAACUCCAUGCCGGUCAUGAAGUUCCGCACCCAACAUCUCCCCAUCCUUCACGCCAUCGCGCAAGUCCAUGUGCUUCAGGCAUUCCUCAUCCAAGCAGCCACAGGAUUCCGGAACCCGAAAGCCGAUCCCCGCGUGCGGCAUGCCAUCGCGACGGUGUUCAAGGCUGUCGCAUUGCACCACUUUGGGAAAAGCAUCAAGACCUUGAAUGAGGGGUGUGGGUGGCAGGGGUAUUACGAGCAUAAUCAGACGCUCCAGGCUGAACUAGAAUUCCGUGCCGUCGGAACAGCGGAAGGAGACAUCAGGGUCCUUGCCAUCCGACUGGCAAGUGAACUCCUCAUCGGCCGCUACCAAGUCCCACCCCCCCGCGACCCCACCAGUCUAAUCGCCCAGCACGAGAUGGGCCUUUUUGCCGAGGCCCAGCAAACCCUGAAGGAGCUGGGCGGCAUCCACCGCAGCGAUGAAUUCAAUCGCAACAUCCUCCCGCUGGCUCUCCCGCUGGUCGAAGCCAUCGGGUACCGCAUGGCCGUGGAAGCGGCCAUCGACGUGAACAUCGACCCCAGACUGCUCGCCUUGUAUGAAAGCGGCAUCGUCAAGGAGGAUCCAGCCUGGUUCGCGGAACAGGGCGGUCUCACCCGCCAGGAGCAGCGCGAGAUGGAGGCUCUGGCGGCUGAUGCCGUGCUGCCCGAUCUAGCGCAGUUAGUGCAGGACACCGGGGCGCAGCCCUACAGCACUGCCCCCAUGGCGUCCCGGUCGGCGUGGGGGGGUUUGUGGAGGGAUUGGAGAGCUUUGAGGGGCAGGGCUGUUUUGAUAUGAUGGCGUAGGUGGUAAUGGGGUCUUAUUUGAUGUUAUUCAAGCAG